AUGUUGCCAGAAAUGGGGUCAGAAGGAUCAUCAAGGGUUGUAGUCCCAAGGAAUUUCAGAUUAUUGGAGGAGCUUGAAAGAGGAGAAAAAGGAAUAGGGGAUGGAACUGUCAGCUAUGGGAUGGAUGAUGCAGAUGACGUGUACAUGCAGUCAUGGACAGGAACUAUCAUUGGCCCUCCUAAUACUGUACACGAAGGGCGCAUCUAUCAGCUGAAACUAUUUUGUGGAAAGGAGUAUCCGGAUCAGCCACCUGGUGUAAGGUUCCAGUCCAGGAUUAACAUGAGCUGCGUAAAUUAUGAAACUGGUGUGGUAGAGCCAAGUCAUUUCCCCAUGCUUGCUGACUGGAAGAGGGAAAACACAAUGGAGGAUAUACUGAUGCAGUUGAAAAAGGAAAUGACGUCUCCCCAAAAUCGAAAACUAGCUCAGCCUUCUGAUGGCAAUGAAGAGGGCCGGGUGGAUCAAAAAGGCCUAGUUGUGAAAUGCUGCAUUAUGUAA